AUGGCCGAUAUUUCACCCACCGAAAGUGCGGCAUCAAGAUAUGCGAAACUAAGUGCAUUAUUACUCUUCGCUAUUCCAUCAACAUGCUGUUCGAUUUAUAAUAUCUAUAGUGCUAUUCGAUAUUCACUUCUACGUCGAUAUUUCUAUUAUCAACUCUUGAUUUUAAUUAACUUCAUAAUCUUGUGCAGUAUCAUUUUUAAUAUAACCAUUUCUAUGAGUUUUUAUGCUCGUGGUUAUAUUCAACCACAAACGAAACAAUUCUGUCGCUAUUGGAAAUACAUCGAUUAUAUCACGACUGGCUGUACCAUUUGGUGCAAUGCUAUAUUCACCAUCGAACGGUAUCUACUUGUUUUCUAUCCGCAGUAUCUUCGUUCCCAACGACAAAAACUUAUCUUACAUUAUCUACCAAUUAUUCUAGCUCAUUUCUAUAUAAUCAUAUUCUAUCUGUAUACGAUUUGCAUACGGUCGUGCGAUGUACUUGUUGAUUUCACUGAACAUCUAUGUGGUGAUGAUUGUAUUGAGGUAAUACACGAGUUAGCAUUAUUCAAUUGGCUUUUUAAUAUUUUAUUUCCUGUAUUUAUUGUUAUCAUUGGCUCUUGUGUUUUACUUAUACGGGUAUUAUGGGCGCGAAGAAUAAUGCAGAGAAAUUUGAGGAAUUGGUCGAAAAAUUGGAAAAUGAUUGUACAGCUGCUAGGCAUUGCGGCUAUCUAUUCUCUCGUUUGGUUACCAUUGGCGACCACAUCAUUAGUAGCCAUCUUUAAAAAGGAUGAUGAUCUUGGUACGAUCACCGAUACUUACUUGUACUAUCUUACUUAUUUAUCCGAUAUGUGUAUACCGAUUGCUGUCUUGAUUUUCUCACCGGAAAUCAAUCGUCGCCUGGUUAGACGAGUACGACCUACCGUGGUGACUAGCAUGGCAUCAAAAGAUACUUGA